AUGACGUUUGAUAAACUAUUGAAUGAUGCCAAAUGUGAGGUGUACUUAGGUUGCACAAACUACACUCUGUUGAAGUUUGUCAUCGAGCUGCUUAAUAUGAAGGUAACAAACCACUGGAGCAAUAAGUCAGUUGACACACUGUUGGAGUUUUUAACAAAACUUUUACCAAAAGAUAAUUUGGUUCCAAAGUCAUUUUAUGAAGCUAAGAAAAUACUUCGUGAUUUGGACUUGUUAUAUGAGUUAAUUGAUGCUUGUAUAAAUGAUUGUGUACUCUUUUGGGAGGAAAAUGCAAGGUUAGAUAAAUGUCCAAAAUGUAAGGCAUCUAGAUACAAGAUCAAUCGUGGCAGGGGUAAGAAGAUUCCCCAUAAGGUGUUGUGGUACUUCCCAUUGAUACCAAGGUUGAAAAGAUUGUACAUGUCAAGGAAGACUGCUGAAGACAUGAGAAGGCACAAGGACAAACGUAUAGAUAACGGAGUAUUAAGGCAUCCCGCCGAUAGUGAUGAGUGGAAGGAAUUUGAUACGCAACAUCCUCAGUUUGCCUUGGAGCCUCGAAAUGUAAGGCUAGGAUUGGCUAUUGAUGGGUUCAAUCCUUUCAGGAACUCAUAUAGUUUAUGGCCUGUAGUACUAAUUCCUUAUAACUUGCCACCUUGGUUGGUUAUGAAAGAUCCCUUUCUUAUGAUGUCAUUACUUAUUCCUGGAGAAUCACAACUAGGGAUCGAUAUUGAUAUCUAUAUGAGACCUCUGGUGGAUGAGUUGAACGAGUUGUGGGAAAAUGUUGCAUUAUCUUAUGAUGCCACUGCAUACACUAACCAUCGAUGCUACCUGUCUCAAAACCACCCCGAAAGGCGAAAGAGUAAGGCUUACAAUGGUAAGCAUGAGAAGCAAAAGAGAUCUUUAGAGUUACCAGUGGAAAAAAUAUUAGAGCAAUUGGACAGAGUGACAGGUGUCACAUAUGGGAAGCACCCAAGAAACAAGAAAAGACUCAUUCAAGCACCAAAUUGGACAAAGGUAAGCAUCUUGUAUGAGUUACCAUACUGGAAGAAACGGAAGCUUCAACACAACAUUGAUGUCAUGCACGUCGAGAAGAAUUUUAGUGAAAAUAUCUUUGGAACUAUGUUAGGCAUUGAUGGAAAGAACAAAGACACUGACAAAGCACGGAUGGACUUGGAAGAUAUGGGUAUAAGGAAAGAGUUGUGGUUAACACGUCGUCCUGAUGGAACUUAUGUCAAACCUAGGGCAAUUUUUUCAUUGACCCCUGAAGAGAGGGAGGGUUUUUUUGAAUUCUUGAAAUCGGUGAAGUAUCCGGAUGGCUAUGCUGCAAACAUAUCAAGAUCAUUAAAUGCGAGAAAUGGUAAAUUAACAGGCUUGAAAAGUCAUGACUGCCAUGUACUCAUACAACGGAUUCUUCCAAUUGGGAUGCGUGGUUACAUAGACAAAGAGAUUAGUAAAGCACUAUUUGAGUUAGGUAGCUUUUUCCAGGAUUUGUGCUGA